GCAAGACGAAAAUUCAAAGGCCAAAAAAUCGUUUUCAAUAAAGAUGCGUGCGUCUGAUAGAAAGCUGGUGCAGUAUCCUGUUCUAUUGCUUUUUUAUGGAGAAACACUAGCUAGGUGCCUUUUCCAGUUUGAUAGUAAAACAAGCAGAAUUGGAAACUUCUCUUCUCCAGAUUUUCCAGCAAAAUAUUCUGCCAAUACCGAGUGCUUUUAUAAUUUCGCAGGCCAUGAUUUUGAAACUUUGAAGCUUACUUUCUUCUUUUUUGACUUGGAGCCACCAUACGCAAAAGGGUGCUUAACAGAUUACGUGGAUAUAUCGACGAUCACAGCAGCUAAUGUAAAGGAGUUGGUGGGCCGUUACUGUGGUUCUAAAAUUGACACUCCAUUGUUAUCCAUGCAUCCGAAGGCUGAAAUAAUAUUCCGUUCCAACCACAUUAUUCACCACAAAGGCUUCUUCGGUCAAUAUGAAUUUAAAGAUGAAAUGUCAAUUCCCCCACCAAAAAGCACAGAUCUGAUACAGGGAUGCGGAGGCACUCAAACAGGUGUCGGAGGAACCAUAGUAUCACCGGGGUAUCCAGAUUCGUUUCCAAAAGAUGUAGAAUGUGUUUGGUUGGUAAGAGUAGACACGAGUAAACAUAUCUACGUUCGAAUUUUGGAUCUCCAACUGUAUGGCAGCAUAGCAAAUUGUGCAGAUGCAGAAUUAUCCAUUUACGAUGGCUAUUCCAGUUUUUCUUUUAAUCCUGAAAUUAUGAAAAAAUUUUGUGGUGACCUUAAGUAUUACAAGAAUGUGGAAGAACGCACACAAAUGUCAAAAAGAAACAGACUUCUGAUAAGAUUUAAAACGAAGGUAACGUCUGAAAAAAAAGGAGAAAACGAAGACAAAGUAAUUGGUUUCAAAUUAGUAUGGACCGCAGUUGCGUUUGAAUAUCAUGGUAAAUGUGAUCAACAUGUCUGCAGAGAUAGCCAUUAUUGCCUGAAUACCGCCUCAUCAGUCUGCAAUAUAAUGCCGCAAUAUUGUGUUCACAAAUCACUUGUCUGUGAUGGUAUGCCAAACUGCAGCGAAGAUGACUACAGUGAUGAAGAAAAAUGCCAUCUUCCUUUGGUAGCUGGCUGCGGAGGGGCUGUUAUUAUAUUACUAAUAUCAGCUUGCAGCAUUUACUACAUAUACCGAAACAAACGUAAAAAGUACGACCGAGAAGCAUUGGCAAUUCAACUUCGGCAACUAGAACACAGUCCAAGCUCUAUGGUUCGAGGACCUCGCUACUUUACUCAGUCCAGUGACUGCAGCAUCCAUGGCCAUCUUGCUGAAUUCUCGGAUGAUUCCUUUGAUACGAGCUACAAAAGUUACCCAACUGUGGUUUGACGCCAUACAUGUCGUCCUUGAAUGGGUCCAAUCUAGAUUAACCAUCUCCUAGGUAAAGAACAGUUCCUGACUUAAGAAAGAACACAAGGUCAAAGGCUUGAACGGUGUUCUACUGUGACUUCAACCAGCAAAUGGUUUAUUGUUCCAGGUGUUUUAUAUCUGGUAUAAAAAAAAUACAAGACAAGAAAAAAAAAAAAAAACCUCGUAUCAGUUCUUUACAGAGCUUGAUAUUUUACAGUCCACAUCUCUUAAGAGAAUUAUUUUGUAUUAAUAUGUCUUUUUCAAAUACAGAAUGCACUGCCAACUUCCGCGAAUCCUUUUUUAAGUGUUAUAACAAAAUGCUCAAUUGGGCUAUGAGAGCUCUUAAGGCAUCCUUAUACAUAGGACAAAUAUGAGUACGUAAAAUCAAUUAAAACCCUUGCCAUGAUGUUGGUUCAUUCAAUAAUUGAUUUAAAUGAUAUGCUUUAUUAGAUUGUAAAAUUUGUUUGUGCAUUGAUGGCAAGGAGGGCACACUACUAAAAGACGUCAUAAUAUAUUUUUCAAGGCACUAAACUCAUUUGAUUUCACAGCUUUGUAUUUACUGAUUUAAAAUAUUAAAAUGUAUGUUCUCUUUCUAAAUUUUGUUUCUAAGUCAUUUUUAUAAAUAUUUAUGCGGUUAUAGUAUGGCUCUGAUAACAUG